GACCAACGCCAAACAAUCAGCUUGGGAUAGCUACCUUGUUGUUACUAGGUAACGCAACAGUGGCAGACAAACGCGUCAAUUCUUGUGCAUCAAUGUAAAAAAAGAAAAGAUUCGAAGGGUUGUCUAUUUAAAAUGGUGAGCAAAAAUGAACCAAAGUCAGCUGGCGGCGCUAAAACGGGAAAACCGGCGAAAGGAGGCAAAGGUAAAAAGACUGGGAAGAAGAAUGUGUCCCAUCGUAGUGCUUUACUUCUGGAUGGAUUACCAGUAUCGGAAAUGUCAAGAGAUCAGCUUCUCAAUCACUUAACUAGACUUCUUGAUCAACUGGAAAAAGAACGUGAAGAGCGCAAUUUCUUUCAACUGGAACGUGAUCAAAUUUAUGGUUUCUGGAAAGUCGCAAAAGAAGAAGUUGAGGAUACACGAGCCCGUCUCAGGAAUAAAGAAAAAGAGUUAGACGACGCAGAAGAAAUACGACAAAAGGACAUAGCAGUGUACAAGCAGCAAAUAAAAUGCCUGCUUCAUGAACACCAGACAACUUUGGCUGAAUCGCGGAACGAGCAACAAACUGCUUUAGAGCAAGCUCAUUUGGAACAUCAGGAGCAAGAGCAAAUACUGCGUCUAGAACAGCAGCGUUUAAAAGAGGAAAUACGUCAGCUUAGUCUUCAACAGCAACUUACGGUCGAUAAGAUCAAAUUGGAGCACUCGAAAAAAAUGAGCGAGAUGCGUAAAAGUCUAGAGCACGAAGCUAGACAACUUGAGCUCAAGUUCCAAAAUCAGACGGAAGCGCAAAGGAACGAACUAGAAAAGCGAAGGAGGAGCGAUUUGCAAGAUGUUGAUACAAAAGAUCAACAGCAUUUGGCCGUACUGAAAAUCAAUCACGAGCAGGCAAUAAUAAAUCUGAAAAACUACUUCAACGAUAUCAUUCUCAACAACAUGACACUUAUCACCUCUAUGAAGGAACAAUUGUCCGAAUUUCGUGUUAAAGAAGAAAGAUUGGAGAAGCAGUUUCAUAGGACUGAUAGAGAAAUAAAGCACCUUCGUGAAAAAUGCGAGCAAUUGGAGAGAAGUAACAAAGAAUUGCAGAAAGACACAGAAAACUGGCUGCACGCUAAAACUUCUCUUCAAGCGGCAAAGGGUCACGCUAAAACAAUGUCUAAGCAGCUUGAAGAAGCAGUAUGGCAACGUGAAGUAGCUGAGCAGCGUUUAGCGCGAACUAAAACUGAACGAGAUGAGUUGGAAGAAAACUUUAUGGCUGCCAUACUGGAGGUGCAACAGAAAGCUAAUUUGAAGCAACUCGUUCUAGAGAAAAAAUUAGAAUCUUUACAAGAAACUCUCAAGUGUAAGGACAAUGCUUUGAAGCAAUUUACCUCGCACGGUCCGGGUUCAAACGGUGAUGGGGGUACAAAUGCGUCUGGCGAGACUGUAUCAUCGUCUUUGAGAGAAGGGAGGAAACAGACAGUGGUUAAAAUGAAUUUUGAGGCACCACACCACGAGGAGCUUCCAGAUAAAUCAUUUCAAUCUUCCAAUGAAAGUUUAGCAGCUGUUGAAGAAAGAAUCAGCAUCAAAUCUGGUUCUGUCAAAUCAGUUGUAGGUUCAACAAAGUCUACAUCAGCAGUUCUGGACAUCAAUGGUGCUGGUGUUGGAACCAGCACUCAACGAAAACUAAAAACAGCCAACUGAACAAAAACAGAACAAUCUACUUCAAUUUAAUUACUUCACAUUUUAAUUGUUAUAUUGUUUCUUAGUGUUCUAACUGUUUAAAAACACCGAAAUCAAGCGUGAUUUUCCUUUAACAAGUGUCUGUCAAGUUGGUAAACAAAUAAAUUUGCGUCGCUAGAGGGACAGAAAUUCGUCUGCUUGAUUCACAUGCUUGCUUCGUUUGUGAUUUGUGAUUUUGUUUCAAAGCACGUGACUGAAUUAUCAAAAGAUUUUCGAAUAUAUAAAACAAUGAACACUGUGCAAGGUUUCUGUGAUUUCAAUAUCCCAUGUCCAUGCAGUCCUACUACAACACUUAAAGAAGUCGUGUUGAGAGCUGUCAAACUUGGUUAUAGUGCCAUAGCUAUUAACACAACAAUAGAAGAAGAUGUUUUAAUCAACACCAA